AUGGCCACACAAAAACCGAUGGACGGCACGAUUGCCGUUGCCGUACCAGCAGCCAAGCCGCCACCCGUCGCAGAAUCCUCGUCGGCGCACUACAAGGGCUUCGUCGCCGGCGUCUUCUCCGGCGUGGCAAAGCUGUCCGUGGGCCACCCGUUUGACACCAUCAAAGUCCGCAUGCAGACAACGUCCGCCGAGCGCUUUGCCGGCCCCAUGUCCUGUCUCGUCCAGACCGUUCGCAACGAGGGCAUCCGCGCCCUCUACAAGGGUGCCACGCCGCCGCUCGUCGGCUGGAUGUUUAUGGACAGUGUCAUGCUCGGCAGUCUGACAAUGUACAAGAAGCUGCUCGGCAAGCACGUCUUUGGUGUCGACGCCGCGGCCACCGCCGCCGGCGCAUCGACCGCCGCCGGCGGACCUGCGCUGCCGUCGUAUGGCCACGGCAUUGCGGGCAUCUUUGCCGGGUUUACCGUCAGCUUCGUGGCGGCGCCCUUUGAGCACCUGAAGGCGCGGCUGCAGGUGCAAUACGCCGCCAGCAAGGCCGACCGGCUCUACCACGGCCCCCUCGACUGCGCCGGCAAGAUCUACCGCAGCCACGGCGUCCGCGGCAUCUACCACGGCCUCUUCUCGACCAUGAUCUUCCGCUCCUUUUUCUUCUUCUGGUGGGGCAGCUACGACGUCUUCACGCGCCUGCUCAACAAGCACACGGCGCUGCCGCCCGCGCUCGUCAACUUUUGGGCCGGUGGCCUCUCCGCGCAGGUGUUUUGGAUCGUCGCCUACCCGAGCGACGUUGUCAAGCAGCGCAUCAUGACGGACCCGCUGGGCGGCAAGCUCAAUGACGGCACGCCGCGCUUGCCACACUGGCGUGAUGCGGCCACGGCCGUCUACCGGGAGAGCGGCUACAAGGGCUUCUUCCGGGGCUUUGUGCCGUGCUUCCUGCGGGCAUUCCCUGCAAAUGCCAUGGCGCUCGUGGCCUUUGAGGCCGUGAUGCGGACCCUGCCAUAG